CUCUGGUGUCAUAAUGCACAUCUUCAACAUAUUGCUUGAGCCUAUCGAGGUUUGUGUCCACAUCGCAGAUGUUGCUAAUUACAUGGCUUUAGGGAAAGCUCUCGAAAUGAACUCGACAUUAUUGUCGCCCCCGCCCGUCACCUAUUGGGGCCAAUUUGAAGAGAUAUCCAAGUACAACACUCACCUGAAUUUUGUCGAGAGAUUGUGGACAACAUGGUAUGCUUGGAUGCAGAACGAUGUCCUAGCAACAGGUAUCAUGUCGUUCGUGAUGCACGAGCUUGUUUACUUUGGUCGUUCCCUUCCCUGGAUCUUUAUAGACAGUCUUGGAAUACUGAAAAAUUAUAAAAUCCAAAGUAACAAGAUACCGUCAUUGCGAGAGCAGUGGGAUUGUGCGAAAUUCGUUCUACUCAGUCACUUCACUGUUGAACUGCCCCAGAUUUGGCUGUUUCACCCCAUGGCUCAGUUUUUUGGUCUCUCGACAUCGGUUCCCUUUCCUUCCAUCUGGACAAUGGCCUACCAAAUCGCCGUUUUUUUCGUCCUCGAGGAUACAUGGCAUUAUUUCUCUCACCGUGCACUUCAUUGGGGCCCUCUCUACAAGGCUAUUCAUAAAAUACAUCACCAGUACUCGGCGCCUUUCGGCAUGGCCGCCGAAUAUGCAUCUCCGAUUGAGGUUAUGAUUCUGGGUUUCGGAACUGUUGGCUGUCCAAUCCUAUGGUGCGCAGUAACUGGGGACCUGCACAUAUUCACUAUGUAUGUCUGGAUUGUGCUUCGGCUUUUCCAGGCUAUCGACGCACACAGUGGUUAUGAAUUUCCCUGGAGUCUUCAUCACUUCCUUCCGUUCUGGGCUGGCGCUGAUCAUCAUGAUCUACAUCAUGAAAAGUUUGUGGGCAACUACUCCAGCAGCUUCCGGUGGUGGGACUAUUUGCUCGAUACCGAAUACACACCGGAGGCAAUCAAGCGGCGCAGGGAGAACAAGGCUUCGAAGGGAGCUAAGAAGAACCUUUGAUAUGUGAGAUGAGCAGGGCAAUAAUAAUCAUCUUUCGAUUAUGUUUGCUUUUUUUUUUU